AUGGCCUCGACCAGCUUCGUCCGCGGCAAGGCCACUCUCCCCGACCUCGCAUACGACUACGGCGCUCUCGAGCCCUACAUCUCCGGCCAGAUCAUGGAGCUCCACCACUCCAAGCACCACCAGACGUACGUCAACGGCUUCAACUCGGCCGCCGACGCCGUGUCCGAGGCCCACGCCAAGAACGAUAGCAAGGCUGCCGCCGCCCAGGCCGCGCUGCUCAACUUCCACGGCGGCGGCCACGUCAACCACUCUCUCUUCUGGGAGAACCUCGCACCCAACGGCAAGGGCGGCGGCGGCGAGCCCGAGGGCAAGCUCAUGACCGCCAUCAACGAGGACUUUGGAUCCUUCAACAAUCUCAAGAAGCAGGCAAAUGCUGCCCUCGCCGGCAUCCAGGGCUCCGGCUGGGCCUGGCUCGUCAAGGAAAAGACGUCGGGCACCCUCAGUGUUGUCACCCGCGCUAACCAGGACCCCGUCACCGGAAACCUCGAGCCGCUUCUCGGUAUCGAUGCUUGGGAGCACGCCUACUACCUCCAGUACCAGAACCGCAAGGCAGAGUACUUUGACGCCAUCUGGAAGGUCAUCAACUGGGGCACUGUGGCCAAGCGCUUCGACAAGUAG